CCCCUCGCCUGCGGGGACCGUCUCCAAGAGGCCGGCUUGGGCCGGAGGCGGGGCCUCGCGCGAGCAUGUGAAUAAAGGGCAAGGAGCUGCGGGGCAGUAAAAGCACCGCUUGGAAGCAGAGAGCUCCUUUGUGGCUGGGGAAGAAAGCCUCCCGAAGCCGGAAAAAGCCGAUCGGUUGCUAAAGAUCCUGAGCGCCGCAGACUAUUUCAGUGUGGUUUUGUGACUUCAGUCUGACUGCAGCUGAAUCAUGGAGACCAUGCAGGAACUGAUCCCCUUUGCCAAAGAGAUGCUGAGCCAGAAGCCAAAUCGGAAGAUGAUCAAAAUGUACAUGCUGGGAAGCAUGCUGGCUUUUGUCGGGGUGGUUAUUGGCCUGGUGGAGACCGUCUGCAGCCCUUUCAGUUCUGAGGGGAAGCUGGAGGACGAGGAGACAGAGGAAGAGAAAAAGAAGGAGUCCGAUUCCCUGGUGCAAGAGGCAAUUGUUAUCCCAAAACAGGACAAGGUAGUCUUGGAAACAAGCAAGCAGGCUGUGACCCUGAGGAAUUCUGUGAACAGGCAGCGUGCAUCAUAAGAGCAUCCAAAGGAAUCCUAAAGACUCUCUGAAUGACUGAGGACUUGUGACCUGCAGAAUACCAACACUGCAGAAGCCAGGAGACUAGAACACAGUCCUGUAUCUUUAGGAGGGACUACACUUAAAGGGACUCUGAACAAGACUCUUUAUUUUGCUGCUGUGCAGCAGUUGGACAUAGCCUUUGAAAUCUAUGUACCUGUUCUGUUGGUAUGAAUAUGUGAAGCUUGCAGCAUCUUGUACUUCCCUGUGUGGGGUUAUUUUUUAUUAUGGUUUUACAUGCAUUUUACACAACAUUUUAAAUAAAAUAUUUUUUACCUA